AUCUGCUAUAUUCAUUUUAUUAGCAAGCUGUUUGUAUACUUAAAAAGAGGAACUCACGACUGACCUUGCUUGACCCCAAAGAACACUGCUGCAGCAAAGGAGUCCCGGAUUGGCUGAUUUGAGCACUGCCCGUCUCGGAUCAGAUUUCACUCAGUCUGCACACCAUGAAACUCCGGAGACUGAAAUAGCUGCCUUGUACUGACCUGUGACAUGACAAAAUUGAAAAAUAAGAUUUAUUUAAAGGAAAUGUUGGUGUUCCCCAGGAAUGUAGCGGUAAUAAACAUACAGUAUCCCUCAUGAGGAGUACUAAAACAAAUGGAAAUAUGGGACGGUAGUAAGUCUUGAGCUACCUUCUAACAGCAUGUAAUGAUACAGUGAAACCCAGCCAAAGACCUGUUUAUGUAGAUGUAAAAUACUCCACUGAAGUGAGGAAUGGAGGUUGUAUGUCUUUAAAUGUUUUGCUCAGGCUGUUGGCAGUAUUCCUAUCCGUGGGUGUAUGCUGACUUCCAGAGGAGGGCAGCAGAGGGCCUUGGUGUUGAACAAGAUUGUCACAUGACUGUCUGGGCCUACAGCAUAGGCUCUCCAAAAGGUUCCCGUGUUCUGCUCUCAUAUCUCACUCCACUCUCUCUCCUUCCUGUUGGAUUCCCAAGCCUCCUGCUGUAGGUCUAAGAGUCUCAGCAGAUAAAUAGGUCAUUUUAGUAAUGGCCAAGAGUCUGGGUUCUCCAUGUCGUGGCAGCCUGAGUCCAGAGGGGAUUCUGAGGGAGAUCCAGAUCACCCUGAUGGAGUGUAAAGUCUGCUUCAAGAAGUUCAACACUCAGCAGAGGGAGUGUAGACCACAGAACCUUCCCUGUGGCCAUGUGCUCUGUCUGGAAUGCAUCAUGGCCCUGUCCCACCCUCUCCUGAGGAAGCUGGAGUGCCCGUUCUGUCGACAGCUGUGCAGCGUUGACAGCACCUCCCACUGCCAGGUUCUCAUUGACCUCCACGAGCUGCUGUUUUCCCCUCACCAGUCCAGAUGCUCUGCUCCUUCUUACAGGUCAACAGGAGGCCUCAGUUCAGGCAGAAGUUCAAGAUUUGCAGCUCUGCACCUCUCCACAACUUUUGGAGGAUGGGGGACUCUCGUAAACCCCACUGGGAUGGCUGUUUUGGGGUCUUCUGGGACAGUAGUGGUGGUGCAUGAUGGAGACAAGAGAGUGGUGGUGUUCAGUCCACAGGGAAAGAAGCUGAACAGUUUUGGACACAGAGGACAAGCCAAUGGGGAUAUUUGUUACCCACUGGAUGUGGCUGUGACUCCCUGUGGGCAUGUAGUAGUGACUGAUGGAGGGGGUAAAGCUGUAAAGGUGUUCACAUCCAGGGGGAGUCAUGUGUUAACUGUGAAGGAGUCCUUUCAGCUGCCUUGGGGUGUGGGCAUAGACAGUAGUGGGCACAUCCUGGUCUCAGAUGUCCAGGCCGGAACCCUGUCUCAUAUAAGAGUGGACUAUACUCGGGGUGUCACACUGCAGUGUCGAACAGUUCUAUCAGAUCUGCAGCAUCCCAAAGCUGUGGCCUGUUGUCAUGUGAGUGGGAACACAGUAGUGAUGGAGCACCUCACCGAUGAUGCCUAUCCACCAGGGAGACACCAACAAAACACAAGACUUAGAGUUUUAACAAAAGACUUUCACAUCCUCUACCAGACUGACAGUUUCAGCCUGACUCUGCAGUCCCAGCUGUGGCUCAACAUGUCCGGUGUGGCUUUUGACAGACAUGGAGAUGUGAUUGUAACCGACUGCAGUCAGGGCAUGGUUUGGAGAUUGGGGAACCUUCAGGACAAAGCAGUCCUAACUCCACUUGUGGGAGACCACCUUAUCCGCCCAGUUGGAGUGGUGUCACUCAGAAACACACUCAUUAUUCUGGACAGCGGAGACCAUGCUGUGAAAAUGUAUUCUCCUGAAUCAGUGUCAGUGAUUUAGCACAUGUAUGAACAUGCCCUAAGUAGCAUACUAUAGUAAAAUGAAACUUAUUACAAUGUAAAGUGAUAAUACGGUUUGUAACCUGAAUGUGUUUUAAAAAGUAUGUUAAAUAUUAAUCUGUUCAGUGGUAUUCUAAGUGUUGUUUUUGCAUGUAAUCAGUGCGAAACUAAUGUUGCAUUAAACCUGGAGUCAUU